AUGUGGAGUGGAACGCACGUCGCCGCGACGACAACGGCGAUUUGCGGCGUCGCACUUUUCCCCAUGCUCCUCUCGACUUUGUACCUUUUCCACGAAGUCAGCGACAUGCACCUUGCUUCGAUGGACGAAAUGGCCGAGUUCAAGGUUUCGUAUUUUAGUUUUCUGAUUCCAAUUAACUACGUGAAAAAACAACUUUUGAUUGCAGUUGUACGCAGACCACGCUUGGGAGGAGAUGCGCGGUCAUCCGACUCGAAUCGAGUUCGGCCGUCUUUUCAAACGUCAAACCGUCGAUAGUGACCAAUGCCCGUGUGCCAUCGGCCCUAACAACUGUCCGCCAGGUCGUGCUGGUCCUCCAGGAGCUCCAGGAGUGGACGGAGACGUCGGCGAUCCUGGAAGCCGUGGCAAGCCGGGCAUCAGCGGCAUGGAAGUCUUCAGAGAGAUGCUAGGUCCUGUUGGAAGUUGCUUCCAAUGUCCGCCAGGACCUCCGGGCCCAAAAGGAGAAGUCGGAGCGGUUGGAUCGCAAGGUCCCACUGGAGUGCCCGGUGAGCAAGGGCCACCGGGCAGACCUGGGCCUCCUGGAAGUCCUGGAGAGGCAGGUUUCGUCGGAUUCCCAGGCUUUCAAGGCAUGCCUGGACCUGACGGGCGUCAUGGAGCCUAUGGUAGGAGGUUUUCGGCCAGGCCAGGCCCUCCUGGGGCUCCUGGUCCUGUUGGAGCGCCUGGAAAAGCUGGACGUGUUGGAGACGUCGGUGUGGACGGAAAAGCUGGCCCACCUGGACUUCCUGGGCCUGAUGGAAUGACGGGAUCGAAAGGAUUUGACGGUGCAGACGGCUUGGAAGGAUUCGCUGGGAUUCCUGGAUUUGAUUCUGGUAUAGUUUAUGUCUUUUAGGGAUUCAAUUUGAUUCUUAUUUCUGUGUUCAAAGCGAUUCCGCGAAAUUCAAAGUAGCCGUCAGAGAAGAUAACUGAACUUUGGAGAGUCAGUUUUCAUUUUCACGAAAAUUACUUUGAAAUAGCUUUAUUUCGGAAAUACAUCACAAAUGAAUUUUUUUACUAUCUGAAUUACAUUUUUGUUUCAGGCUACUGCCCUUGCCCUCGGCGUUCCUUCGACAAAGCGGACAAGACAAAAAAUGGCAAAAACGAGAACGUGAACCGAUUCGGCGGCGAAAGUUUGCCUCUCCGGCCUCCAAAUCCCCCAGAUUCUUCAAACUCUGAGAGUUUUGUCAACAGCGCCUCCAGCUACGACCGCAAAGCGUAG